AUGACUUCUCCUUUCUUCUUAGUUCUCCUUCUCUCAUCUCUUCUCACAAACAAUGUUGAUGCAAAUCCAAAUUACAGAGAAGCUCUCUCCAAGUCAUUGCUCUUCUUCCAAGGUCAGCGUUCCGGUCGCCUCCCUAGAGACCAACAAGUCUCUUGGCGGUCUAGCUCCGGCCUCUCCGAUGGCUCCUCCGCUCAUGUGGACUUAACCGGUGGGUACUACGACGCAGGAGACAAUGUCAAGUUCAAUUUCCCAAUGGCGUUUACCACAACAAUGCUCUCAUGGAGCGCGCUCGAGUACGGUAAACGGAUGGGUUCCGAGCUGCAAAACGCUCGUGUGAACAUCCGUUGGGCCACGGACUAUCUGCUGAAAUGCGCUAGAGCCACUCCGGGGAAGCUUUACGUCGGAGUAGGAGAUCCUAACGUUGAUCACAAAUGCUGGGAGCGGCCUGAAGACAUGGACACACCUCGUACAGUCUACUCUGUAUCCUCUUCUAACCCUGGCUCUGACGUCGCAGCUGAAACCGCGGCUGCUCUCGCUGCAGCUUCCAUGGUUUUCAGAAAAGUCGAUCCAAAGUACUCAAGGUUGCUUCUCGCAACAGCUAAGAAUGUGAUGCAGUUUGCAAUCCAGUACAGAGGAGCUUAUAGCGAUUCCCUUUCUUCAUCCGUCUGUCCUUUCUACUGCUCCUACUCUGGUUACAAGGACGAGCUCAUGUGGGGUGCCGCGUGGCUGCUGAGAGCAACUAAGAACCAGUAUUACGAAAACUUCAUGAAAUCUUUAGGAAGUGGAGACCAGCCUGACAUUUUCAGCUGGGAUAAUAAGUAUGCUGGUGCUUAUGUUCUUCUCUCACGGAGAGCAUUACUUAACAAAGACAGCAACUUUGAACAAUACAAGCAAGCAGCAGAGAGUUUCAUGUGCAAAAUCCUUCCAAAUUCUCCUUCUUCCUCUACACAAUACACUCAAGGAGGGUUAAUGUACAAGUUACCUCAGAGCAAUCUGCAAUACGUGACAUCCAUAACGUUCCUGCUCACGACUUACGCCAAGUACAUGAAAUCCACGAGACACAGUUUCAGCUGCGGAAGCUCAGCGAUCGUCGUCCCCAACGCGUUGAUAAGCGUAGCGAAGCGGCAAGUCGAUUACAUACUCGGGGAGAAUCCGAUCAGAAUGUCGUACAUGGUUGGAUUCGGAUCCAAUUUCCCCAAGAGGAUCCAUCACCGAGCGUCGUCGCUUCCUUCCCACGCGCUUCUCUCGCACUCCUUGGGCUGCAACGGCGGAUUCCAGUCUUUCUACACUCAGAAUCCUAACCCGAACAUUCUCACCGGAGCGAUCGUUGGAGGACCGAAUCAAAACGAUGGGUUUCCGGAUCAGAGAGACGAUUACAGCCACUCGGAACCGGCUACUUACAUCAACGCCGCCUUCGUCGGACCUCUGGCGUACUUCGCCUCCGGCAAAUCGGCUUGA